AUGAACGAUGUGAAGAGGCAGAGAAGCAAACAAGGAAAUGCUAUCAGGGACGUUGGUAGUUUCAAGUUGGAGGGACGCAGCUCUAUUCUUGCUAUAGCGAAUUCAGGAAACCUGCGUGACAAGUACGUGGCAGCCAAGUCGAGGCUGGCCUCCUUGCGUUCGAAGCUGAGGGACGACACCAACGUGGCAAAGCAUUUGUCUAUCGUUGAGAAGCAACGCGCAGCUGGAGUAUCCGAUGCCAUCUCCGACAGAAAGAGCGCGGCGCUGGCUGUCACAAGCCAAGAGGCCACGUUGAAGAAGGCUGAGAGCUUGGCGAAAGAUGCUCGUCACUACCAGCGGCUCGCGAGGAAUGAGCGCUCCUCGUCAGAGACAGCAGAGGCACAGGGGCUGGCCUUGCAGAAACCUGCGGCUGCCCUCCUCAAGGACUCGCAGAAGCUCAACGAUCAGAGCAACCUUGUGCUUGAUCAGUCUCACUCGUCCCAGGCCAAGGCCUUGGCCUCCCUCGACCUGAAGUUGGCCCAGUCCCUCGCGGACAGAGCAGCCAAGGGCAUGGCCCGUGCUAAGCAAGACUUCGCGUCGGCCAUCGAUGACCGCAAGACAGCGCUCAAGGAUGAUGAGGUCGCCUCGAACCGCGUGAUGGAGGCAGCCAAGGUUUCGCUGCAGACCAACCCCGAGCAGUCCUCCCUGCUGCGCAUUCAGCAAGGCCAACUCACUGGCUCCAAGGCCCUUCAGUCGAUCUUGAACAUCGACACGAACUCCGUAGGAGCUGCGCAGGAGAAGCUGGGCGAAAGCAGGAAGCAAGUGAAGCUGGCGAAGGAGAGCGAGGGCGACGUUGCCAGGCAGAUCCUGGUCCUGGACAAGGAAGCUAAGGCGCUCAGAGCUGAGAUCGGGGCAGCUGAGAAAGAAGUCCUGGCUGCUGCCAAGGAGCAUCUGCUCGCUGCGAGGAAGUACAAGUCAGCCACUUUGAAGAGUAUCUCUGCGCAGUCAAAGAUCGAGGCCAUGAGGGAGGACGAGGUGCGCAAGCUUCGAUCCGAACUUGCGUCGACCAAGCAGUCCAAGGAGGACGCCGGCCAGCGGUACACGCGGGCCCUGCAGAAGAUCGCUAAGCUCAACGGGCACCAGACGAUCAUGAAAGUGCAGAUUGCUCGCCUGAAGCUUCAGCUGAAGGAGGAGGAGAUGCGAGCACAUGACUACAAGGCGAAGAACUCCAAGGACCAGGAGGUCAUCAACAACAUGCAGGCGCAGCUCGACCGGGAGGAUGCCGAUCUCAACGAGGCGAAGCUGAAGAUUGCUGACUCGAGCUUGGGUCUAGCUGGGGGUCGAGGCGCAUCGAGGAGAUCGUCUCGAGGAAGGGAGGACGACUAUCACUCUCGCGCGCAGGCAACGAUCGAAGCGGCGAAGCGAGCCGGUUCACACCACAGCUACCGCAACACGCUGGACUUGCAGCGGAGGAGAGACGACGAGCUCAGCAGGGAGGAGCAGGCGGCGCGCAGGAGGGCGGAGCGAGAGGAGAGGAAGCUCAAGGAAGCGCAGAGUGAAGUCUCAAGGCAGCUGGCCAAGGUGACGGACGUGGAGUCGAACUUCUAA